AUGGCAGAUAGAAUUCCCACCGAGAUGAUCGAGAAGAUCUUCGUCUCUGCGUGCUAUAUCGACAGACCAACGUGCGCGACGAUUUGCAGGACGAACAGACUGGGACGUGAUGUAGCUACGCCGAUUCUCUACGAGACCAUUGGAUGUGAAGAUUUCGUCAAAGAUGGUGAUUAUCGGACCCGGAAGCUUGCCCUAUUAUUGGGAACACUCCUAAGGAAUCGGAAAUUGGCAAGGCAUGUCCGCAGGAUUUCUCACCGCGUCGAUAGAACAUUGUACGGUCGAUGCUAUGGAUUACCACCUCCGCUCGACUACGAUGCGUUUAAUCACUUGAUCACAGAGGAGCUGCGUCUUUGUGAUGACGUUCUGGAAGCAGUACUCGAUUGGACGGAGGGGCAACGCUAUAUCCCAACCGUUCCUCCCCGCGACGUGAAGAAGCUUGAAAGCGAACAAAACCCGUGGAAACGUAUAAUACUCGAUGCUGCCCCUCUCCUCGCUCUUCUCAUUCUGGCUUGCCCAGAGGUCGAGACUCUAAAGCUCCGAGGUAGAAUCGAUACUUUAUGGAGUGUCGCAAGCCUGAACCAGAUCCUCACACGGGACCCAUAUGAAAGAUCCGGAACGGAGGAGAUUCUCGAGUACAACAGAAAUCAUGGAUGCUGGAGUGUUCGAAACACGGAAUUAUGCGUCAACGAAGACUCACCUGAAACCGCCGAGCAGAUAAUUCAAGAUCUCAUCUAUCUUCCUGGAUUGAAAUUUUUGAGGAUUGAACAGCUGUGGGACGGAGUUUAUCAAACGCCCAGGUCUACUGCGACCUCAUCAACAAUCCAGCACCUGGAGAUCCUCGACCUCGGAUUGGGCAUCGAGGAGCUCACGCCUUUGAUAACCCAUUGCAACAUGCUGAAGACGCUCGUCAUGUCGUGGGAAGAGAUGUAUGAUCACUUCUGCCAUACUGAUGCAAGUUAUCGUAUUGAUUGGAGACGCUUUGGAGAGGAAACAUUAAGAUGGACUCGACAACUUGAGGAGCUGAAAUUAGAUAUGAAACCCGAGGUGGUUCGUCCAGACUGGGCGUGGGUCGCCCGAGUCACCGGAAAUCACGAGAUCAAGAAGCAAAUAAAUUUCUGUGGAAUUGGUGAUUUGAAAGCGCUGAAAAGGCUACGAAAAGUCACGGCGCCAGAUUUUGUCUUAUUCGGAUAUUUUGAAGAUAAGGAGCAAAGGGAAGACUGGACACUGGAUGAGAUUCUGCCAGCGUCAUGUCAGGAGGUCGAGAUAUUUUGCGCCGACCCUGAAUUUAGCCAGACAGACAGAGAGCUACUGAGCAGUCCUGGAACGGAGCGAUUGGAGGAUGUCACCAUCUUCAACUGUAGGAGAGUGAGGGACGACGAGUGGACGAGAGAGAGGUGGAUUUCGAAGAGGAAUGGCGAGGGAAUGACUGGAGGAAUCAAGACUUUUUAA